GUCAAGCCCCGAGUGGGCCGGGCUCGGACGGAGCCUGCUUCGCUGCGCCAUGGGCGCCCCCUCGAGCGCGCGUUGCUGCCUCCUGAGCGGCCUCCUCCUGGCCGCCGCGCUGCCUUUCCAAGGAGCAGCAGCAGACGUUGCAUGUCCCUCUGCUGCUUGGCUUUCUUUUGGAAGGAGCUGCUAUGCUUUACUUCAAGGAACGUGGGAGGCUCUCGAUGAUACCAGGGAAGUCUGCAAGGGAAAUGCAUCUGGAGCUGAUAUUAUAAGCAUAAAUAACAAAGAGGAAAAUAGCUUUAUUCGGAGUACAUUCUGCACCCAUUGGCAUGGUCCAGAAUACAUAUCAUUGGGCAUGUUUUUUGAUACAGAUGAGAACGUUUUCAAAUGGUAUGAUCAAUCCGAAGUGAAUUUUACAAACUGGAUAGAGGAGGAAAGUAAUGAGGAGCUAAUAAACACCUGUGCUGUUAUGCAGACAUCAUCAGGCCGAUGGAAAAAAGCAGCCUGUGAGCACCUCCCACUGACUGAAGUCCUUUGUGAAACCUCCAUUUCUUAUGAAAAGAAGUAUUUACCAGAUGAAACUGCUUGGACAACCACCUUAGUCAUAACUUCAACAGUAAUUGUGGCAGUGUCUGCAGCAUUUCUCUGGUACCUUUAUCAAAGGAGGGUUUCUUCUGGAACAGGAUGUACAGCAUACAGUUCCACCACUCGAGUGCAAAGCAGUGAUGAAGUGGUUCUUGUAGAAGAAAAUGAAUAUACUGCCUAAACUGUAUUUAUUUAUAACAUAAUUACAGAAAGAACAACAGUGGCUCCCAAGAAAUAUACCUCAAGGAAAAGACAGUCUGACAUUAUUCCACAUGAAUAUGAACAACCUUCAAUGGUAAAUUAAAUUGCUCUUACGCACAGGAAGUAAAUUUCCAUCCAUGCAACUGUUGUACCAUUUUCACAAACUGCACUUUCAUUCUAUUAUGUUUUUCACUAUGCAAAAAGGCCUUGGCACAAAUUGAACUGCCAGUUUGGUUUCGGGAGAGGUUAAGGCUGGCUAGAGGAGAAACAGCAGCAGAUACAGUCCAGCCAAAGUUAAGCACUUCCACAAUUGCUUAAUAUCUGCAACUGCAACUGUCGUCUUUCACAGUGUUUAGCUUUGACUAGGUAAUAUAAUGGAAACAUAUACAUAGAAACCUGCCAUUCGUCCAGAAGUAAGAGGUCUCCUACAUCCAGAGAUGCACCUCUAUCACUCUCACCUUAAGCUAUUGUGCUAAACUUUGAAGAUUAUGUUGUGCCUGAAGAACUU